GAUCAGAAUCAGCUGAAUUCCUGUGCCUCCGUCAACGUCUUCAUCGAUUACCAAGAUUCACCAAAAACCCACUUGGAAAUUGGAAUCGUUAUCCAAAACUCAUUGGAGAUUUCGGAUUCUGUGAUUGAAAAAUGAGACGGAGAGCAGGAAUUGGUGGUCUACAGAAUGCCGCCGCCGCUAGGGAUCAAUACCGGUUACUGGGAGAAAAUGUGGCCAGGUUAAGAACCGAUCUUAUGAAGGAACAGCUUUCCACGUUUCGUUCUCAAUUAGAAGAUUUUGCUCGCAAACAUAAGAAUGAUAUUCGCAAGAACCCUGCUUUCAGAUCACAGUUUCACGAGAUGUGUGCGAAAGUAGGAGUAGACCCACUGGCAUCAAAUAAAGGUUUUUGGGCUGAGCUCCUAGGAAUCGGUGAUUUCUAUUAUGAACUUGGUGUGCAAAUUGUUGAUGUCUGCUUGGCUACUAGACCCCAUAAUGGGGGUUUGAUUAACUUGGAGGAACUCUGCAAGCUUCUAAGUCAGAGACGAAAGGGUGCUCGUGAGGUAGUGUCUGAAGAUGAUUGCUUGCGUGCGAUUGGUAAAUUGAAGGUGUUGGGGAGUGGUUUUGAAGUGAUUACUGUUGGGAAAAGAAAGCUUGUUCGCUCUGUCCCAACUGAAUUGAAGAAAGAUCACAAUGAAAUUCUAGAGUUGUCUCAGGCUCAAGGUUUUGUGACAGUUGAGGAAGUAGAGAGACGGCUAUCAUGGUCCAGUGGUCGUGCCACGGAUGCCCUUGAAACUCUAUUAGAUGAGGGACUUGCGAUGAUCGAUGAAGGCCACAGAGAUGGCAAACGACGUUAUUGGUUCCCUUGUGUGUCUUCUGUCUCUUCCUUUGUGGCAUCUGAGACUCUUUGAUUGUCUCCCAUCUUCUUCAGUGUUCCAACAUCCUCACAGUUUGAAUUUUCUAAAAGAACAGAAAUGAAAUAAUUUCACAUGAUAACUGAACUUCAAAUUCUAUUUGUUGGUGUUUUGAAAAUGGAAGACUAUCAAUUUUCUGUGUUGACUUGUUUUGAUUUGUAGAAUUUGGAGGGGAAUCGAAGGCGAUUGUUUGUAAAACAAAUGUAUUUUUUUAAACAAAGUAAUAUUAUAUAAAACGUAUCGUGAAAUACUGAAUUAAA